GGCCGCGCAGUUCUACAUCAAACUGUAUGAAAAGUCACAUCAUGUGUUUCGGCGCGGCGCGGCUAAAUCUUUAUUAUUGGUAGGGAAUAAUGCUCGCAGCUGGCCGCGCGCGCGUCAGGGAACGAGGAUCCGCGGCCGCAAGAAACACAGAGAGAGAGAGGGAGAGCGCGAGGGAGAGGGGGGACUCUGCCGUGCUUUCAUCAUUAUAAUCACCAUCCUAAGUACCAGCUCUUAACAUUUUGUUUUUCGGUGUUCAGGCGAAGAAGUGACAAGACUGUAGACCCCUCCUCUGCAGGGCGGAGCGUGCAUUUUCAUUUUGUAUUUUUUUUCCUUUUCUUUUUUUUUCCCUAUUUUUUUUCCUCCCCCUGUACCCUGCUCUGACACGUCUGCACUGACUGAGUGAGUGGCAUUGGCACACUGUCAAUCGCUCACUAGCGCUGCCAUCAAACAACAUAAAACACACAGGCUCAGAGGCUGCAGCUCAUAAAUUUCAGCAGGGCAAGAGAUUUUUCUGCGCAUCGCCUUCUUUCUUCUUUUUUUCUCCCCCUUCCUUUUAUAGCGUUGUGUCCUAAUUAAUUUCAUCUCGCUGUUGCUGCUUUUUUUCUUUAAAAGAAAUAGAACUUUUUUUUUACAUUUCAUAUUUUUUAUAUGAUCAUUUGGACACCUUGUACUACAUUUUUUUUUAAAUAUUGGCGACACCUGCAACCAAGGCUGAGAUUUCUUUUUGUUAUUGUUUUUUUUUUUAUUUCUAUUUUUUCUUUUGCAAAUAUUAUUACGAUUACUAUUAUUUUUACAUGUUUACACAUUCCAACGUUGGGAUAUUUCAGUGGAUUUGUGGACAUUUCCAGGAGGAGAUCCCCGCGAAGAAGCGCUAAGUAAAUGAGAGCCCAGCACCAAGGACCGCUUCUGUCCACGCCGAGCGAGAAAAGACGGACUGGUGCGGGGAUAUGAUGCUGCCGAUGAUGAUGAAGAAGAUGAUGAUGGAGCGUUGGUUCUGACAUAAGAAGUUUUCAGUAGGAGAAGAAAAGAUUGAUGCGCUUUUUUUUUUGCUGCAAAUCCGUGCGCCACGGCUUUUGGCACUUAGGACCGCGCGUAAAAAAACAACAACAACAGGAGGACAAGUUGGGCACGAGAUUUACGCCAAACCCUUUCCUGCCAUAUAGUUGAUUUCUACAUAUAUAUAAAAAUAAAGUACUGUUUUUAUAUAUUUUUUUUAUUUUUCGCUGAGCACUUCUUACAAUUGUUCAUCCACCCAUCCAGUCUGUGCGGCACAUGCUCUAGCCGGUUUCGUAUUUAUGAGUUUUUCAAUUUGCGUGGCUCAGUGCACAGACUCUUUAGCGUCUACUAUGGACGAUCAGGCCCGGAUCAUGCAGUCGAUUGGCGGCGUCAGUCUGGCCGGACACUCGGUGCAGGGAGGCAUGCCGCUGCCGCCGCCACACGGCCACGACGGGACGGACGGGGACGGCAGGAAGCAGGACAUCGGUGACAUCCUGCAUCAAAUCAUGACCAUAACCGAUCAGAGCCUGGACGAGGCGCAAGCAAAGAAACAUGGACUGAACUGUCACAGAAUGAAACCAGCACUCUUCAGCGUUCUCUGCGAAAUCAAAGAAAAGACAGGUCUCAGCAUCCGUGGUGCCCAGGAGGAGGACCCUCCGGACCCCCAGCUUAUGCGUUUAGACAACAUGCUGCUGGCAGAAGGAGUGGCAGGACCGGAGAAAGGUGGCGGAUCUGCCGCCGCUGCAGCUGCUGCCGCGGCAUCAGGCGGGGCAGCCGACAACUCCAUCGAACAUUCUGACUACAGAGCCAAACUCACACAGAUCAGACAGAUCUACCACACAGAGCUGGAGAAAUAUGAACAGGCGUGUAACGAGUUCACUACCCAUGUGAUGAACCUGCUGAGGGAACAAUCUCGCACGCGACCCAUCUCGCCCAAAGAGAUCGAGCGCAUGGUGGGAAUAAUCCACCGUAAAUUCAGCUCCAUCCAGAUGCAACUGAAGCAAAGCACCUGUGAGGCUGUCAUGAUCCUGCGCUCCAGAUUCCUUGAUGCCAGGCGAAAAAGGAGAAACUUCAGCAAGCAGGCGACGGAAAUUUUGAACGAAUAUUUCUACUCGCACCUCAGCAACCCGUAUCCGAGCGAGGAGGCCAAGGAGGAGCUGGCCAAGAAAUGCAGCAUCACCGUUUCCCAGGUAUCCAACUGGUUUGGCAACAAAAGGAUCCGGUACAAGAAAAACAUCGGCAAGUUUCAGGAAGAAGCCAACCUGUACGCCGCCAAGACAGCUGUUAAUGCAGCGCACGCUGCAGCCGCUGCAGUGCAGAACAGCCAGGCCAACUCCCCUACCACUCCCAACUCCGGAUUCCAGAUGAAAGAUGAAGAGUUUCAGCUGGAUUCUGCAGAGAGCAAAAACACUCUAUUAAGCAACAUGUUUACUGGUUCUUCAGGUUCUUUUAGCCUCCCAAACACUGGGGACAUGUUCUUGAGCAUGCAGAGUCUGAAUGGGGAUUCUUACCAAGGGGCACAAGUCGGAGCCAAUGUACAGUCACAGGCUAAUGGAGGAUGGCAAGAUGCACCGACUUCAUCUUCUGUAAUAUCUCCAACAGAAGGAGCUGAAAGUGUGCACUCUGACACGUCGAAUUGAUCAGCUAUAAAUGCAUCUUCUCCUCAAGCUGAGCAUGGACUUCUUCGUUUUGCUAAAAACAAAAAAACAAAAAACAAAGACAGCAAAAUACACUUUUUUAAGGAAAAAAAAUCAGUUUUCUUGUAUUUUAAAAAUCCCCUCGGCCACACCGCACACGUGCAGAUGACAUCCUCCAUUAUGGACACCAAGUGUUUCCGGAUCGCGCAGUGUUUUUACUUUCAUCUUCACAAAUCAAGUGUAUUAACAUGUUUUUACUUGUUUGUUGUGGUAAACACAGACAUGUACAAAUAUAAAAACCUCUAAAAUAUUCCAGAGUAAACUUUCAGGAUAAUGAUCUCAGCAUAACAAAAACUGGGUGAUAUUUUAUGACAUUUUAAAUGCCCAUUUGAUUUAAUGGCCAUUUUCCAUUUUGAUAAUUGAGUUUGCUUUCAUUUCCUUCAAUUAAAGCAGGUUUUUGUUGUUGUUGUGUUAUUAUUUUACUCUAAUGUGCUCUCAGACUUGUCCGGCAACUCAACAAUGCUAAUGUUGACAGCUCAAUGGCAGCUUUGUAGUUCCUUUCAAGAUUUAUUUUUGUCUUACAGCUGUGUACAUUAGUACGGAGAACGUGACUAUUCAAACUGCGGAACAUAAAGAAGUGUAAUUGAUUGCUUGACUAGAACAUGACACCGUUCCAUAUUUUAUAAUUUGUUUCUUUGUUUGUACAUAUGUAAACAUUUAUUUUGUACUGCUUAUGAAAUCAACAAAUCUCCCAACAGUAGAUCAUUCUGUCAUGGCACACAGACACCCCCCCCCCACACACACACUGCCCCACCACCACCAACCAAGGAAAAUUUGUAAUAUAGCUUAAGAUCCUGCAAAUCAAUACGGAGCUUUCUUACCUCAUUCAAAGAAAUCCAGUCAUUUCCAACAUUUCUGUAGCUUAGAGUGCUCACUUACUACCUCUAAACAGUACCACAAACAUUCUUUCUUUAUGGCCCCAUUUAAUGUUAUUUUUUUAUUAUUUACAUCACAUCCCAGGACAGUGUAAACACUUCAUUCUCUAUGUAAUCUAAUGUAUAUUUUAAUCUUUUAAUAAAAUGAUGUUGCUCUACUGCAACUUAAAAAAAACAAGCGAAAAUAUUAAUAUGAUGAAAAAAAUGAGGGAGGAGGGGACAGAAAUGUUGUGGCUUUUAUCAUGGGGGGGGGGUGCGCGAUGAAUAAUGUUGAUUAAAUAAAACACCGAACAGUGAAACUGUUGUAAAUAAUGAAGAAAAAAGAAAAGAAACAUUUUGAAUGUUGCUCAUCUUGUUAUGAAAUCAUUAAAAAAAUUAAAAAAAAUCCCUAUAAAUCUGUAAUGCAUAGAGGUUUCAGUAUUCAGAACUGUACAUUUCCAGCUCUGUUCAACAGGGUUCAAGACUUCUUCUUUUCUCUCUUUUAUUUUCUAUUGUAUGUGAUUCUGAAACUGAAAAAAGUCAUGACAAAAUGAUUUGUGGCAGUGAUUCUAAUGUAUUAAAGAUGUUUAGUGUUACUUUCUAACCAGACUACACCCUGGACAGAAAAGUCUUCCUUGUGGUAGUUGUGUAAUUUUAAACAUGAAUAAAACUUUUUGCUUUCAUGACA